AUGGAGUCCUUUACGAAGGAUCUCACCUGUGCAGGUGGUUACGUCCACAGGAGGAGUCCUUUGCGAAGGAUCUCGCCUGUGCAGUGGUUACGUCCUGCAGAUGGGGUCCUUUCCGAAGGAUCUCACCUGUGCAGUGGUACUCGGUUGUUGUCCGCUGGUGGUGUCCUUCGCGAAGGAUCUCACCAGUCUGGUGGUACUCGGCACGCUGUUCUGCGAAAUAGCGGACCUUGUUUGUUGUGCUCACCUGAUGCUUGCGUUUCGUUCCUACAGUUUGUGGCUCUUUGUUCCUUGGUGGAUGAAUCGUACGCUCCCAUUGUGCUCGAUAUCUUCUCAUUGCUGCUGACCUGUAACUUUCCAUACACCCCAUGGUCCGUGCACCAUGUCUCACUCUCCCGUUACUGUACCCUGCGAAGAGUCUCUACUCCGCGAGACGCACUCAAUAGUGUGAUUACAACGGUAUGAGCCUUCGCAGCCACAGCGCAUGGUUCGCC